ACGUCCCAGGCCCCCGCCUCCUUCUCCCCAGCUUUCAAAGGGCGCUUGGGGGCUGCGGGGCUGGAGCUUCCGUCUGCAGCCCGGGGGCCUUGCCUUCACCUGCGGGCCGCCGGGCCACGGGUGCGCGCGGGCUCUUCCGGGUCCCGCCCCGCGCCCCCGGGAACAGGUGCCGGGACUGCUUGCGGCCUUUAGCCGCACGCGCGGAGGUGGGAUCAAGGAGCGCAGGGCGGCCACAUGGAGAGCGGCGGCGGGACUCUCCCCGCUGGGGCGCUUGGGGUGGCGACCGAGUCGCCACGGUGCCCGCUGCCGCCGGGAGCCGAGGCCACGGCGGAGCCCGACGGGGCGGCCGAGGGCGCUGGGAGCGGCAGCGGGGGCGAGGACGGGGACGCGCCGCGGCGGGCUCUGCGGGCAGUAUACGUGCGCAGCGAGAGCCCCCAGGGCGGCGCGGCUGGCGGCCACGAGGCGGGGGCGCGGCUGUGCUUGCUGCGGGCCUGCGAGGCCGAGGGCGCCCACUUCACCUCCGUACCCUUCGGGGAGCUUGACUUCGGGGAGACAGCUGUGCUCGACGCCUUCUACGACGCCGAUGUCGCCGUGGUGGACAUGAGUGAUGUCUCCAGACAGCCUUCGCUCUUUUACCAUCUCGGGGUCCGAGAAAGCUUUGACAUGGCCAAUAAUGUGAUCCUUUACCACGACACCGAUGCUGACACUGCUCUUUCAUUGAAGGAUAUGGUAACUCAGAAAAACACAGCAUCCAGUGGAAAUUAUUAUUUCAUCCCGUACAUCGUGACACCAUGUGCUGAUUAUUUCUGCUGCGAGAGUGAUGCCCAGAAGCGUGCCUCGGAAUACAUGCAGCCCAACUGGGACACCAUCCUGGGCCCGCUGUGCGUGCCCCUGGUGGACAGGUUUAUCAGCCUCCUCAAGGACAUCCACGUGACCUCAUGUGCUUAUUACAAAGAAGCCUUGUUAAACGACAUCCGGAGAGCCCGAGAGAAAUACCAGGGUGAUGAACUGGCGAAGGAGCUGGCUCGGAUCAAGCUCCGCAUGGACAACACCGAGGUUCUGACCCCAGACAUCAUCAUUAAUUUACUGCUAUCCUACCGAGACAUCCAGGACUAUGAUGCUAUGGUGAAGCUAGUAGAAACACUAAAAAUGCUGCCUACGUGUGACUUGGCCGAUCAGCAUAAUAUUAAAUUCCAUUAUGCAUUUGCACUGAACAGGAGAAACAGUGCGGGUGACCGUGAGAAGGCUCUGCAGGUCAUGCUCCAAGUUCUGCAGAGCUGUGACCGCCCGGCCCCCGACAUGUUCUGCCUGUGUGGGAGGAUCUACAAGGACAUCUUCUUGGAUUCGGACUGCAAAGAUGGCACCAGCCGAGACCGCGCCAUUGAGUGGUAUCGCAGAGGAUUUGCGCUCCAGUCAUCUCUCUAUUCAGGAAUUAACCUGGCAAUUUUGCUGAUAGUUGCAGGACAGCAAUUUGAAACUUCCAUGGAACUAAGGAAAAUAGGUGUCCGGCUAAACAGUUUAUUGGGAAGAAAAGGGAGCUUGGAGAAAAUGAACCAUUACUGGGAUGUGGGUCAGUUCUUCAACGUCAGCAUGUUGGCCAAUGAUGUCGGGAAGGCUGUCCAGGCGGCAGAGAGGUUGUUCAAACUGAAACCUCCAGUCUGGUACCUCCGAUCAUUAGUUCAGAACUUGUUACUAAUUCAGCGCUUCAGGAAACCCAUUAUUGAACAUUCACCCAGGCAAGAACGGCUUAACUUCUGGCUAGAUAUAAUAUUUGAGGCAACAAAUGAAGUUGCUAAUGGACUCAGAUUUCCAGUGCUGGUGAUAGAACCAACCAAAGUCUACCAGCCUUCAUAUGUUUCUAUAAACAGUGACGCUGAGGAGAAGACGGUUUUCCUGUGGCAUGUCUCACCCACAGAAAUGAAACAAAUUCAUGAAUGGAACUUUACAGCUUCUUCCAUUAGGGGAAUAAGCAUAUCAAAGUUUGAUGAACGGUGUUGUUUUCUUUAUGUCCAUGAUAAUUCUGAUGACUUUCAAAUCUACUUCUCCACUGAAGACCAGUGUAGUAGGUUUUGCGCUUUGGUCAAAGAGAUGAUAAGCAACACAAUGGGUAGUACAGUGGAGCUGGAGGGGGAAACCGAUGGGGACACCUUAGAGUAUGAGUAUGACCACAAUGCCAACGGCGAUAGGGUCGUGCUGGGGAAAGGCACGUACGGGAUCGUGUAUGCCGGAAGAGACCUGAGCAACCAAGUGCGAAUAGCCAUCAAGGAAAUCCCAGAGAGAGACAGCAGGUACUCGCAGCCCCUGCAUGAGGAGAUAGCUCUGCAUAAGUACCUCAAGCACCGCAAUAUCGUUCAGUACCUGGGCUCUGUCUCCGAAGAUGGCUACAUUAAGAUAUUUAUGGAGCAGGUGCCUGGGGGAAGCCUUUCUGCUCUUUUGCGAUCAAAAUGGGGGCCAAUGAAGGAGCCCACCAUCAAGUUUUACACCAAGCAGAUCCUGGAAGGCCUUAAGUAUCUCCACGAAAACCAGAUUGUGCACAGAGACAUCAAGGGUGACAACGUUCUGGUGAAUACCUACAGUGGAGUGGUGAAAAUCUCUGAUUUUGGAACCUCCAAGCGUCUUGCAGGAGUGAAUCCAUGCACCGAGACUUUUGCUGGCACUCUGCAGUACAUGGCACCUGAGAUCAUCGAUCAAGGACCUCGCGGGUACGGCGCCCCGGCGGAUAUCUGGUCCCUGGGCUGCACCAUCAUUGAGAUGGCCACCAGCAGGCCUCCGUUCGAUGAGCUCGGUGAGCCGCAGGCAGCAAUGUUCAAAGUGGGGAUGUUUAAGAUCCACCCUGAGAUUCCAGGAGCCCUUUCAGCUGACGCCAGAGCAUUCAUUUUAUCCUGUUUUGAGCCUGACCCCCACAAACGUGCCACUGCUGCCGAGCUGCUCAAAGAGGGUUUCUUAAGGCAGGUGAACAAGGGCAAGAAGAACCAAAUUGCUUUCAAGCCAGCAGAGGGUACCCGGGGCACCACCCUGGCCCUGCCCACGUCUGGGGAGCCCAUGGGCAGCAGCAGCAGCAGUGACCACGGCUCUGUCUCCCCGGACUCUGAUGCACGGAUGGACGCGUUCUUCGAGAAGGCCCGGGCACCCAAGCACCGGCUCAGCCCCCUGCAUAGCGUUCCAGAUGAGAGCGCAGCCUCCUCCCCGGAGGACAGGGACCCGGGCCUCUUCCUGCUGCGCAAAGACAGUGAGUGCCGCGCCAUGCUGUACAAAAUCCUCUGGGAGGAGCAGAACCAGGUGGCUUCCAACCUGCAGGAGUGCGUGGUCCAGAGUUCAGAAGACUUGCAUCUCUCAGCCGGCCACAUCAAGCAAAUAAUUGGGAUCCUGAGGGACUUCAUCCGCUCCCCGGAGCACAGAGUGAUGGCAUCCACGAUAUCAAAGCUAAAGAUGGACCUGGACUUUGACAGCUCGUCCAUCAAUCAGAUUCAUCUAGUACUGUUUGGAUUUCAGGAUGCUGUGAAUAAAGUUUUGAGGAACCAUUUAAUUAGGCCCCACUGGAUGUUUGCAAUGGACACCAUCAUCCGGCGAGCGGUGCAGGCUGCGGUCAGCAUUCUCAUCCCGGAGCUCCGAGCCCACUUCGAGCCCACGUCGGAGACCGAAGGGGAGGAGAAGGACCCAGAUGAGGUGGAGGACGACUCUCCCCCCGCAGACCUGCCCGGGAGUGAAGGGCACGCGGCAUACCGAGGGAGCAGCCCCCCGUCAGCGGGCGCCCCAGAGCCACAGCCCCAGCAGCUCCACCACCGGCACCUGAGCCUCCAGCUGGGCCAGCUCAGGCAAGAAACCAACAGACUUUUGGAACACCUAGUUCAGAAAGAGAGAGAGUACCAGAAUCUUCUACAGCAAACCCUAGAGCAGAAAACUCAAGAAUUAUAUCAUCUUCAGUUACAGUUCAAAUCUAAUGAUACUCCAGAGAACCCAGCAUCCCCACCUGGGUCUCAUGGGCAGAAAACAGAUAAAGAGCUUGUAGACUGGUUACAAGAGAAAGGAGCAGAUGCGAGUACAAUAGAAAAGAUUGUUGAAGAGGGCUAUACGCUUUCUGAUAUUCUAAAUGAUAUCACUAAGGAAGAUCUAAGACACCUUAGACUACGUGGCGGUCUCCUCUGCAGGCUCUGGACAGCAGUCUCCCAGUACAGAAGAAAGGCUCAGGGGUCCCUGGCCUCACAAGAUGAGGCUGAAACUGUCAGCUAAGCCAGGGAAUAGAGGGAGCCAAGAGCUGUCAUCUUUGUUUAAACUUCUGUUAA